AUGCCGGAACCCAUUGCCGUCAUCGGCUCGUCCUGCCGAUUCCCAGGCGGCGCAUCGUCCCCCUCAAGACUCUGGGACCUUCUCAAAGAACCACGAGACCUGCUCCGCGAGUUUGAAAGUGACCGUCUCAACCUCGAUUCUUUCUAUCACAACAACGGAGAGCAUCAUGGAUCGACAGAUGUUGUCAACAAGGGCUAUCUUCUUGAAGAAGACAGUCGAGCCUUUGAUGCGUCCUUCUUCAACAUCAACCCUGUCGAGGUUGACAGUAUGGAUCCUCAGCAACGGUUGACAUUGGAGUCUGUCUAUGAAUGCAUCGAAGCCGCGGGCUAUACAUUACCCCAAAUGCAAGGCUCGAUGACAUCGGUAUAUGUUGGAGUCAUGACCGGAGACUACCAUGACAUUCAACAACGCGAUCCGGCAACAAUCAACCACUACAACGCCACCGGAACUGCAAGAAGUAUCCUCUCAAAUCGAGUCUCGUACUUCUUCGAUCUACACGGCCCGUCUCUCACACUUGACACGGCUUGUUCUUCUUCACUUGCGGCCCUCCAUCUUGCCGUUCAGUCCCUACGCAAUGGCGAGUCUGCUACCUCUGUCGUUGCUGGCGUCAACUUGAUCUUUGACGCCUCACUCUAUGUAAUGGAGUCCAAGCUCCACAUGCUGAGCCCUACAUCCCGAAGUCGAAUGUGGGAUGCUGCAGCCGACGGUUAUGCCCGUGGCGAGGGAGUCUCAGCCGUUCUUCUUAAACCCUUGUCCAAGGCCGUGGAAGACGGUGACCACAUCGAGUGUGUGAUUCGCGAGACUGGAAUGAACAGUGACGGCCGUACUCCCGGCAUUACAAUGCCAAGCUGGACUGCUCAGUCAAAGUUGAUCCGCCAAACGUAUCGUAAUGCUGGACUAGAUCCUGUUGCCGAUCGGCCACAGUUUUUUGAGUGUCACGGUACCGGAACCUUGGCUGGUGACCCGGUGGAAGCCCGGGCUGUGAUGGAAUCUUUCUUCCCACCUAAUUCAUCGGCGGCAGAAACGCCAAACGCAAGCAAGCUGUAUUGUGGUUCUAUCAAGACGGUCAUUGGACAUCUCGAGGGUUGUGCAGGCUUAGCAGGACUUCUCAAAGUGUCACUGGCACUGCAAAACGGACUUGUUCCGCCAAACCUACUACUUCAGGUACCUACCUCGGCAAUGCCUUGGCCAGAAGUCACCAAGGGCCCGCGAAGAGCGAGUCUCAACAGCUUUGGCUUUGGAGGCACCAACGUCCAUGCCAUUGUGGAGCAGUAUGUGCCAGAAUCGGACUCCCCAAUCAGCAACAACAAGGAGCAGGAUUCAUUCGUCGGCCCGCUUGUUGUUUCGGCCGAGCGCGAAACAUCGCUCGUCUCGAGCAUUGAGAAGCUGGCCGACUUUAUUCGGUCAAACCCUGAGGUCAACCUAGAGGACCUGGCAUUUGUUACUCAGACUCGCCGCACUGCCUUCCCUGUGCGCGCCUCCUUCACCGGAAGCUCGAGGGACAGACUUCUCGAAUCCCUCGAUGCAGCAGUCAAGGCUGCCGAAUCCGGGGCUCAGGUGGGCACCAAAUCCCUCACAUCGUCAUCCACAACGUUGUCGACGUCCCCGGCCAUUCUCGCCAUCUUCACCGGCCAAGGUGCUCAGUGGGCUUCCAUGGGCCGCUACAUGGUGGAGAGUAGCAGCCAAUAUCGAAAGUCCAUUGAACAGUGUGAAGAAGCUCUGAAGGAUAUACCGGACUCGCCAACAUGGUCUCUGAUGAAGGAGCUCUUGGCAUCCGGGUCUCGCAUCCACGAGGCAGCCAUUUCUCAGCCUCUUUGCACCGCGACGCAAAUCGCCAUAGUCGACGUUCUCAAGGCAGCUGGCAUCUCCUUUCGCGCCGUUGUUGGACACUCAUCGGGAGAGAUGGCGGCUGCCUAUGCGGCAGGCAUCCUUUCUGCAUCCGAUGCCAUUCGCAUUGCCUACUAUCGUGGCCUUCACACCGGGUUAGCUGGGGGUGAGGGCGAUAAGAAGGGCGCAAUGAUGGCAACCGGCUUGGGCUUUGAAGAUGCUGUCGCCUUUUGUGAACAGUUCGGUGGUCGCAUUGGUCUGGCAGCCAGCAAUUCGCACUCUAGCACCACGAUUUCGGGAGAUGCAGAUACCAUCACUGAGGCCAAGGAGAUCCUGGAUCGUCAGGAGACAUUUGCUCGCUUGCUCAAGGUUGACAAGGCAUAUCACUCGCAUCAUAUGCUGACUUGUGCCGAACCUUAUUUAUCAUCGCUCAAAGCGUGCAAAAUAACGGUAAACCCACCGGCAGCCGAUUGCACAUGGAUCUCUACCGUCUAUGACCACGCAGAGCUCCUAGACGACGAGGACGAUCUGCAGGCCUUGGAUGGCCAAUACUGGGUUGAUAACAUGACGAAGCCCGUCUUGUUCUCCGAGGCAGUAGAAUGUUCUCUAUGGCGCGCUGGACCCUUUGAUAUGGCCGUAGAGAUUGGACCUCAUCCAGCGCUCAAAGGUCCAACAACGCAGACAAUCAAGAACGCGUUGGGCUCCAUCAUCCCAUACACUGCAUUCCUGAGCCGAGGAGAUCACGAUAUCGAAGCUUUCUCUCGCGGCGUUGGCUAUGUUUGGGCACGGCUGGGCGCAGUAGUCGACUUCUCGGGCUACAAGCAGGCAUUCAAUAUUGUCAAGCCUAAGAUGCUCAAAGGCCUUCCGACUUAUUCUUGGUAUCACGACAAGCUCCAUUGGAAGGAGUCCCGUAUCUCUCGCAGGUACCGACUGGGCAACACGCGGCCUCACGAGUUGCUUGGAAGGCGGGUUGGCGAUGACACAGACUUGGACAUGAGGUGGCGUAACAUCCUCAAGGUCGAAGAGCUUCCGUGGACCCGUGGACAUGUAUUCCAAGGCCAGAUCUUGUUCCCAACAUCCAGAUACAUGGCAAUGGCAAUCCAAGCUGCCCUGGAGAUUGCAGAUGGGCGUCCAGUGAAGAUUAUUGAGAUUCGCGACCUCGAGAUCCCGCGCGCUCUCACACUUCACGAAAACAAUGCCGGCGUCGAGUCCGUCUUCUCAGUCCGGCGCGCAGAGACUUCCUUUUCUUGCUCCACUUGCUCGAGCGAAGGCAACGGCACCAUGGAGAAGAAUUGCGGCGGCAGCAUCACGAUAGAAUUUGGUGAUUCGGAGACGGAGGCUCUUCCAAGCCGGCCCGUUGGUCGAUCCGGCAUCUUCCUUGUCGACCCGGAAGCGUAUUACGACUCCCUCCUCGGCAUCGGCCUGGAUUAUCAGGGUGUCUUCCGCGGUCUCAAAUCGGUUGAGAGAGCCAUGGGCUAUGCGACAACAAAGGCGAAAUGGUCUCGGGCCGACCUUGGUGAUGAGUACAUCAUGCAUCCUGGUCCGCUAGACGUGGCUUUCCACUCCGUCAUCGCGGCAUUCUGCUCACCUCAGAGCGGUGCCUUGCACGCGCCUUACUUGUCCAUCAAAGUUGAGCGUCUAGUUCUGACUCCGUACGCCAACUACAUUGGAGCGUCGGGAGAUGUCGAGUUUGAGAUUGACAGCUUCAUUACAAAGACCACUCCCAACACUUUCGAAGGUGAUAUUCAUAUCAUUGGCUCAGAUGGACGCACUGGUCUUCAAGUGGAAGGUUUGGCCCUUAAGCUUUUCACCGAAGCCCGUGCGGCUGAUGAUCGACACAUGUUCUCCAAGAUGGUCUGGGAGCCCGACCAUCUAAGUGCUACGAACAAUCUCGAGGAGAUCAAGCCAGGUGACGCAGAGCUGACUCUUAACAAUGCUAUUGAGCGGACAUCCCUUUACUACCUCAAGAAGAUCUUCGAGCCCCUGAGCGACUCUGAUGUCUCAGAGUGGAAGUGGUUCCACAAGGCCUUUUACAACGCCUCGAAAAUUUGCAUUAGGGAAACCGCCGAGGGCAAGCACCCAGUACUCAAGAAGGAAUGGCUCCAAGAUAAUGAGGAGGUUAUCAUGGCGUAUAAGGAGAAGUAUGAAGAGCAGGCUGAUAUUAAACUGAUCCAUGCUGUCGGCAAAGCACUCCCCGAUGUUUUGAACUCUGAUGCGCAGCUCCUCCAGUUUAUGAUCCAGGACAACAUGUUGGUUAACUUGUACACUAAGGGACGUGUCAUGGAAGCACUUAACCCGGUUAUGGCCGACGUCAUGCAGAGCAUCGCCCACAAGUUCCUUCGAGCCAAUAUCCUAGAAAUCGGCGCGGGCACGGGAGGUACCACAAACUCCGUCUUGGGCCGUCUCGGAGACACCUAUGGACAGUACACUUACACGGACGUCUCGGCUGGGUUCUUUGAAGAUGCAAAGAAGCGAUUUGCCGCCCACAGCGACAGACUCGUUUACAAGGUGUGCGACAUUGAGAGGGAUCCGCUCGAACAGGGGUUCGUCGAGGGCAGUCAGGAUGUCAUCGUUGCAGCCAAUGUGCUACACGCAACCUGCAAUUUGAAGACGACCAUGGCCAAUGUUAGGAAACUCCUCAAGCCUGGAGGCUAUCUUGUCAUGGUCGAGGUUACCGGCGUGCAGCUGCACAUGAUGUUACUCAUGGGAGGCCUGCCAGGCUGGUGGCUGGGUGUGGACGAGGGCCGUACCGGCGGUCCAGGAAUCACACUAACCCAAUGGGACGAGCUUCUCCGAGGCACAGGUUUUACCGGUGCCGACAAGUAUGUCACGGAUCUCCCAGAUGCAGCUUCACAUGCCGCCUCGGUCAUCAUAACUCAAGCGACGGAUGAGAACUUUGCUAAGCUGCAGGAUCCCCUUUCCUUCCUAGAUGAGCUCCCGAUCCUGGACCGUGUGCUCAUCAUUGGCGGCAAGACACUUCCGGUGUCUCGUAUGGUCAAGAGCAUUGAGAAGCUGGUGUCAAGGUUCACUAGUGAGGUGACGAUCGCGGACAGUAUUGACCGCCUUGAUAUUGCCAAACAUGUCGGCGCAAACACGUCAGUUAUUUCUUUGGCCGACAUGGAAAAGUCAUUCUUCUCGGAGCCCCUGACGGAUGAACGGCUCAGCAAGCUCCAAGCAUUGUUCUCCAAUGCGACUAAUACGCUGUGGAUUACAUCUGGUCGCUUCGACCAGGAUCCCUAUGCCAACAUGACGGUUGGUCUUGCUCGCGCUUUCAUCACCGAGAUGCCGCAUCUCAAUCUCCAGUUCCUUGACGUGAGCAAGGGCUCGGCCAUAUUUGACGCUAGAUACGUGCCAGAAAUUUCCUUGGUCGACGACGUUAUCCGCAUCCCACGAGUAGUUUUGGAUGCCGAAAGGAAUGACAGGCUCAACUCCUUGAGGCGUAGAAUUACCAAGCACGUCAAACCUGGCGAAUCCGUUGUCAAGGUGGUUCAUGACAAUCACGGCAUUACUCUUGAGGAGGAAGCUCCAUGGUUGAACGUUUUGUCGUCAACAACCGACGGAGGUAACGAGGCUAUCACGCUGCAGGUCGAAUACUCCAUGUCAAUUCCAUUUUCGAUUGAAAGUCGGUCAACUGUUUGCGUCGGCACUGUCAAAGCUACCGGGAAGCCUGCAUUGGCCAUCACGUCUUUCCAUGGCUCGGAGAUUUCAGUUCACCCAGAUCUUCUCCUCGAGCUGGAUGCCAUUUACACUCCUGACGAGCUUGGUCUUUUUGCCAAUUUGAUUGCGGCAAACUUGCUGGUACAGUCUGCAAGUUCGCAGUUAUCCACUGAACAGUCUCUUCUGGUGUAUGGUGCAACGCCCGAGUUCGCCUCCAUUGUGAAGAUCGUAUCUGAGGCCCGUGGUCGCAAGGUAUUCUUUGCCAACUCAGGAUCAGCUAUCGACACUAGCGCCUUCAAGAUCCAUGCACGGGCAUCGCCUAGAGCAAUCCAAUAUCUGCUGCCCUCUGGUAUCGGAUCCGUCGUUAGCCUCGCUCACACCUCAGAUCUCGUCGCCAUAAACCUUCUCACACUUUAUGGAGGGGCUACAUUCAACAUUGACCAGCUUGGAAGCCUGAGCGUGUCAAAGGGACAUCUGGAUGAUGCCCAUAAGCAAAUGCAGACUGACCGCAGCAACCCCCAGACUGUCACUGUCAGGGCAAUUCACGGAAAGGGCUUAUUUUUCCUGAACAAAACCUAUCUCAUGGUGGGUUUGGUCUCGGACUUGGGUCUAUCGCUCUGCCGCUGGAUGGUCGAAAAUGGUGCCAAAUACAUUGUCAUCACAAGUCGCAGCGCUGAAGUCAGCCCAGUCUGGCUCGAGGAAAUGGCUAAGCUGGGAGCCGUCAUUAAAGUCUAUAAGAUGGACGUCUCAAAGAAGGACUCAGUCCAAUUUGUUUGCGACAGCAUCAAGGCCACACUUCCUCCCGUUGGUGGUGUCUGCAAUGGUGCGCUUAACAAGGAUCUCGACUUUUUCGUUCUCUUCUCCUCGAUGAGCUCCGUUAUUGGCAACGCCGGCCAGUCCAACUACAAUGCCGCAUCGCUUUUCCAAGCAGCCAUCGCCAACCAACGUCGCUCCAAGGGUUUAGCCGCCUCCGUCUUAUCCCUCGGAAUGGUGGUAGAUGUUGGUUACAUAACCCGUCUUGGACCUGGCGCAGUGGAUAGGAUGGCAGAUGCCUACUAUAUGAGAAUCUCGGAAUCUGAUGCGCACAUGAUUUUCGCCGAGGCUAUUGCGGCCAGCAAGUCUGUGGCAUCUGGCAGUGGUGGCGAGGAUGCUAUUGAAAUUAUUACUGGUAUCGAACAAUUCAAGUACAACGCAAAGACAAAGUCCCGGCCGGCAUGGUUCUCGAACCCACGAUUGAGCAACUUUGUUCGGCUUCAACAACAGGACGGCUCGGACAAUGCUUCCAAGGACUCCUUGGUAGGCGGCACUAGCAGCGCAGCGAUUCAAGCACAGAUGGAUGCUGCGGCCACCGGCGAAGAGGCAACACAGGUACUUCUGGCGGCGUUUGCCCAGAAGAUCGAAUCUAUGCUCCAGAUGGAACCGGGUAGUAUGAAUGUCGAGGCCCCAUUGCUCGAUGUCGGCAUUGACUCCCUGUUUGCAGUCCACAUCCGAGCCUGGUUCCUCGAGAAGAUCCAUGUUGAUGUACCGGUUCUACAGACACUCAGCGGCGACAGUGCGCGGGGCAUUAGCACUAUUGCUACUGCCAAGUAUCUUGCCGCGAAGGGUGAUGGUAGCGAUGAAAAGGAUAGUAAGGUUGUGGCGUUGGACGAGGCACCAGCAGUCCCGGAGGCACUAUCUGUGGACAAAACUGAGCGGCUGGUCCCCACUGUGAUAACAGAGACCGAUUCAGUAUCAGAGUCGAGUGUUAAGGAGAGCUCGCUGUUCGAAAGUAAAGGAGUUGCGACUCCUUUGACUCAGGCAACGGACACCAAUGACUCAAUAUCCGAAAAGGAGGCGACGAUGGAUGAGGCUGCCCUCUUGCAAGUAGGAAAGCUCUCUUAUGCGCAAUCAAGACUCUGGUUCCUCGAUCAACUGUCCCAAGAUAAGACCAAGUAUAGCAGCUUGUGCACGUAUGAUAUCAAUGGUCCAGUCCAUGCCGCGCGGCUGAAGCGCAUUCUCGUUAAGGCUCCGGAAUGCUUCACCCAUAUUCGCGACCCGGCCCCUGAAACCUUGGACAAUGAAGUUGCGAGGUUGAGAAGCAAGAUCUGGGACCUGAGUCGCGGUAAGAUGCUGGAGGUUGUUCUCAUCUCGUACAACCCUCAACAUCAUUCGCUUCUUGUUGGCUACCACCACAUUGCGCUGGAUGGUGUGAGUAUGCACAUCUUCUUCGCCAGUCUCAACAUGGCUUACCAGGGGAAGACAUUGACUACCACUGGAAUACAAUACAUCGAUAUCGCUGCAAAUGAGAGAAGCAUAGGUGAAAACGAAUUAAAAGACAAGAUUCAGUUCUGGGCGAAGCAACACUCACCACCCGCCGACGUCUUGCCGUUGUUCGCAUUUGCAAAAGCGAGAAUCCGUCCGGCUCGAACCUCGUACACCAACAUCGAAAUUUUCAAGGACAUCGGAGCACCUCUCGCAGAGCGAAUUAAGUUGGCCAGUAAACAACUCAGAGUGACACCAUUCCACUUCUAUCUGGCGGCUAUGCAGGCGCUCUUCUUCAGACUGCUAGAUGUGAGCGAUAUCUGCAUUGGCGUUACGGAUGCGAACCGCAACGAUGAGAACGCCGAGACAAUCGGGUUCUUUAUCAACUUCCUCCCUCUUCGCCUCAAGAUGGGCUCUAGUAAAGAGACCUUUGCCGACCUAGUAAAGAGUACCAGCCAAGUAUACUACGCUGCUCAUGAGCACUCUAGCGUGCCAUUAGACGUGAUUCUAGAGAAGACGGACAUUGAGCGAAGUGCAACACAUACCCCAUGUUUCCAGGUUGCUAUGAACUACCGACAAGGUAGCUUUUCCGAGCUGCCUCUAGGGAAUUGCCAGAUUAACUUCAAGUCUGGCUACGACGCUAAGAGCCCAUAUGAUUUCGCCUUCAGUGUAACUCCUCUGGGAACCUCUUGUAUUGUGCAAAUCGUGAGUCGAGCUGAUUCAUACAGCCAAGCGGACACGGAGAUGUUACACAACAUGUACACCACGCUGCUGGAGGAUGUGUCUCUCAAUGUUGCAAAGGCUGUCUCGGAGUGCCAGGUAUACGAGCGUUCAGGCGUACAAAGGGCACUGGAGAUGGGCUGUGUGCGACCCAAAGACUUUGGGUGGCCAAGCACCUUGUCAGAGCGAAUUGGCAACAUGACGGCGCCCUAUCCAGAUCACGUUGCGCUCAAGGACUCUCAUGGAUCCUUGACAUAUUCUCAGCUUUCACAGAGGGUCCAGUCCACGGCGGCCCUUCUCGUGGAAAAUAAAGCAACAUCAGGCACACGCAUCGGAGUGCUGUGCGAGGCAACGAGCAACUGGGUGAUUGCCAUGCUAGCUGUCUUGCGAGUAGGGGGUACCUAUAUCCCAUUGGAUAUGUCCAUGCCCCGCGAGCGUCUUUCCGCCAUGAUCCAUGUCAGUGAACCGACUGCGCUGCUCUGUCAGCCUUCGACGCUCUCAUUGGCUCAGAGUCUCAACGCCGGAAAGAUGACAAUUCUCGAUUUGGAUGUGAAGCAAGUGAAGUCUGGGGAGGCCCAAUGUCGGAACUUGGCUAAACCCGGUAGCUGCAGCUUUAUCCUCUUUACCAGCGGCACAACUGGCACUCCCAAGGGCAUUCAACUGUCCGAUGCUGGAAUCAUCAACUAUCUUGCAAGCAAGGCUGAGUAUUUGGGCAUGGGACAGGAGAUUGUCCUCCAGCAAAGCUCGCUUGGGUUCGACAUAGCCAUUGCCCAAGCCUUCAAUGCAUUGGCUCACGGAGGCACGCUCGUGAUCGCGCCGAGCGAAAUUCGUGGUGAUCCCGUAGCACUGAGCUCUCUGAUUGUGAAAGAGAAGGUGAGCUUCACUCUCGGCUGUCCGACGGAGUACCUGAUGUGGCUUCGAUCUGGGUCCAAAGCGCUUCUCGAACAAACAAGCUGGCGUUAUGCAUGUAGCGGCGGUGAGGCAGUCACCGAGCGAUUCCGUGCCACGCUGAGAUCGAUGUCUAGCCCACCAGGGCUUUUCAACUGUUAUGGCCCAACGGAAAUCUCCUGCUGUGCGACGGUGCUUCGUGUGCCCCUCGAUGGUGACGGCCCGGAUGGCUCAGUUGGUAAACCUAGUCACAAUGUUGGGAUCUGCGUCCUUGAUACCAACGGGAAUGUGCUUCCACCAGGGAUUCCAGGCGAGAUCUAUAUCAAUGGUGCUGGUGUGGCAAUUGGAUAUCUGGGUGUUGGAACGACAGGACAGGAAUUUUUCAUCGACAACGCUUCAUAUCUCGAAGGGCGGACUCGAAGCUACAGAACUGGCGACAAGGGCGUCUGGCUUGAAGACGGCUCAAUCCGAUAUCUGGGCCGUCUGGAUAAUGAUACCACAGUGAAACUUCGGGGCUUGCGCGUUGACCUUGAUGAUGUGGCAAACACCAUCCUGAGAGAGUCGGCUGGGUCCAUCUCAGAUGUGGUUGUAACAGUACGCGGCACUGAGGAAAAUGCUUCUCUGGUCACCCAUGUCGUUCUCAGCAAUGACGACGACUCUUUGAGCAAACCUGCAUUCUUGAGACUGGUGCAUGAAACGUCUCUUCCGCGAUACAUGCGACCUUCGCGCAUGAUAGUGCUAGCCAAGUUACCGAUGAGCACCAAUGGCAAGGUAGACAGGAGGUCGAUAGCCUCAAUGGAGUUGCCGCCCCUGGAAGACAGUCGUGAGUCUCGGUCAACACCUGUCACGCUUAAGCAGGGCGAGCUCCGUCUUCUUUGGAACAGUGUUCUGCGUGACGAAGUACGCAUCACCGUAGACUCCGACUUCUUCAUGGUGGGAGGAACUUUCCUGACCCUGGUUGCCCUUCAAGACGCCAUCCGACGUAACAUGUUGGUCGACCUCUCCAUCAAGGACAUGUAUAACCACAGCACACUCGGAGCAAUGACGAAGCUGGUUUCGGAUAGAGCUCGCGAUGCUCCUCCGACACCUUUGAUCGACUGGGCCAAGGAGACGGCCCUUCCUUCAAGCUUGAACUUGAAUACCGAAGGAACUGUUGCUGACGAGGAUAUGGAGAUAAUCCUGACGGGAGCCACGGGCUUUCUUGGUCGAGCCAUCUUGAGAUCACUCAUCGCCAGCCCAAAGGUAAAGCAUAUACACUGUUUGGCAGCGGGAGCAGGCCCGUCGACAGGCAGAGCCGUAGAUGGCGAUCGAGUAACCUUUUACGACGGCAGUCUCAACGAACCGCGGCUUGGCCUGGACGCUGAAACGUUUGCUCGACUCGAACGCACUGCUGAUCGCAUUAUCCUUGCUGGUUCCCACGGACACUGUCUGAACAAUUACAACUCACUGCGUACGCCAAACGUGCUCUCCACGAAGACCAUGGCGCUGUUGGCCUUGCCACGCAGAAUCCCCAUACACUUGGUGUCGUCCAACCGCGUCACGCUGAUUGAUCCCAACAGCCAGGCUGCGCUCCCACCCAUCAGCGUUGCCGGCUACCAACCCGCAACGGAUGGCUCCGAGGGGUUCACAGCAACCAAAUGGGCCAGCGAGGUGUUCCUCCAGAAUCUCACCGAAGCUUCGGCCGCGUCUUCAUCUCAACUUCCCGUCACAAUCCAUCGGUCGUGCGCCGUCGUUGGUGACGAGGCGCCGAUAGAGGAUGCUCUAAACGCGCUGCUCAGGUUCUCCAACAUUAUGCGUGUCGUGCCGCACACCUCGGAUCUCAAUGUUGGCGGAUACUUUGAUUUCAAGCAGGUCGAUCUUGUCGGGCAGGAGAUUGUCGAUUCUGCGAUUGCUUCCCGGCAGCGAGGGUUGGCGUUCCAACAUCACUCUAGCGGAGUCAGAGUUCCCCCGAGCGAAUUCAAAUCGUUCAUGGAGGAUUUUUAUGAUGCCGAGUUCAAGGAGCUGGAGCUGGAGCAGUGGAUUCAAGCAGCGCUGGAGCUUGGGAUUGAAGAGUUGAUUGUGGUGUAUCUUCGGGCGGUGUUGGAGAGGGGGGCGAAGCUUGUUUUCCCGUUUACGGGUAUGCCUUCCAGUUGA